UACCACCUCAGCUCUUUCGCAGCACCGCUUCCCCUACGCUCCGUUGUUGUUCGCUCCCUCAUCUCCCCCCCAAAUCCCUCCCAGAUUUCUGUCCGAUCACCAAACCCCGACGCGGAUCCUCUCGAAACCUGUCUCCCCGCCCCCCCUUUUCCCAUUCAUCCCAGCUUCCCCCGACUUCCUCCGCCCGUCCAACAUCGGUUAAAGCAACUCGCUCUCGCCUCGACUCUCGCGCCCUUCGUUGCUUGUCCCGCCCGUCUUCUUCUACCAGCACCACCCUUCCCCGCCGGAAUGAUGGUUGCUUGAAAAGGCCACAUGUGACGGGUCCACUCUGACAAGGGCAUUGAUGAUAGCCAUUACGACUCAUCUCGUAGGGGUCUGAGGGCUGCUCCGAGGAGAAAUCAAUCGUCCCCGCCGACCAUGGGGGAACCCGCUCAUCUAACACCUCGCCAAAUAUGGGCUCAACCAACGACAACGACCACCAGGACUUAUGAAGCGGACUGCACGCCGUUUCUAUUACCCAGCUCCGGUUACGUCUAUUUGAAUCGCUCCUACUCUAUCGCCUUGACCGAAAAUGCCAUCUACGAUCCCAUCUGUACCGGCACGGGCACGCCAACUGCCACGGCCCAUGCGGUCGCCGCGCUCGAUGUCACCGAUCCUUUCUAUUCCUCCGUUACCCCGGCGUUGUAUGCCAUGGGCUGUACGACCGUUGUCAGCUAUCUUCUCGUUAUAAUACUUCUUAUCACGCCGCGGACGUUUUAUGUUGGGGGUCCUGGUGGCGGUGCAAACUUUCUCGGGCGUCAUGGUAUGAUUAGCGGUUCGUAUAGUGGUAAUUCGUCGGUGGUUGGCGUGGGUGGUCGGCCGUGGCUGCAAAAGGUCGCGGCCUUGUUAGUCGCGGUAUCACUCACCAUCGCGACUGUCGACUCCUUUCGUGUGGCUGAACAGCAAUAUUAUUAUGGGUACUCCGAUGCCGAAGCGCUGGCGGACGAGGUCAUCGACGGUAUGGAGAUCCGGGUGGUCAGAAUCAUUUCCAGCACCUUUCUGUGGCUGGCCCAGAUUCAGACCUUGAUUCGGCUGUUUCCUCGACAUAAGGAGAAAAUCAUGAUCAAGUGGGCAGGGUUCGCGUUAAUUGUGUUUGAUACCACAUUUAGUAUCCUCGACAAAUUCUUGGUUAAGACCGACACCGUUCAUCCGCGGCUAUACGAGGACGCGAUCCCCGCUCUCAGCUAUCUGUUCGAGCUUGCUCUCAACCUUUUGUACGCCGCUUGGGUCAUCUUUUACUCGCUUUCGAAACAUCGAUUCGCCUUCUUCCAUCCAAAAAUGAGGAAUAUCUGUCUGGUGGCCUUGCUCUCGUUAUGUGCGAUUCUUAUACCCGUUGUGUUUUUUGUUCUGGAUAUCGCAAAACCGAAAAUUGCCGGAUGGGGUACUUAUGUUAGAUGGGUUGGUUCGGCUGCCGCGAGUGUCGUGGUCUGGGAAUGGGUGGAGCGGAUUGAGGCAUUGGAACGCGAUGAGAGGAAGGAUGGAAUACUUGGACGCGAAAUAUUCGAUGGAGACGAGAUGUUGGAAGUGACCCCUUCGGAAGAGGUCGAUUGGCCGCGCUACAACCCUGACGGCCAUGAUCGAGGCGGAGGCGGUGGAACAUCUUCAGGCUGGGGAGGCAUGAUGGGAUUGGCUCAUCGACCUUUGCGUACGAGGGUUGGUCGUAAUUGGCAGUCGAACCUGGAGAACCAACAACACAACAUUCCUAUGGACCCUCGGCGCCGGCGCAUGGCGCCCCGACCAACUCCUCCCCCAGCAGCUAUAACGCCUGUCAGUCGCGCUGACACAACCAGCGCGGCCAGCACGGUGUACAACAUACAUUAUCAUCCGGUUUCUAGCCCCACUCCGCCGGUGGCCAUGCCUCACAUGGAGGAAGAGGAUGAAGACAUAGACGAAGCGGUGGCCGCGAAGGAGAUGACCACCGACGGUCAGCAAGCCGGCCUGGCGCAAGAUGCGCUGGCACAACAACAGACCCGGGAGCAAUCCCCUCAAAUUGUGCACGUGGAUAAAAGGUGGCGAGCGCUGCUCAAUCCUUUCAAGCGAAGGCGGGCAUCUUUACCAAGAGAAGUCGCUUCUGCACAGGCCGAGGAGGAGGGGAAUCCCGCAGGUGCUCAAGUGGAACCGCAGCAUCAUUCCUUGGAUGACAGCGACGAUGAGCACAGCUUACAUCCCAGGCAUGAUUUUCGGUUUGGCUUCCAUCGACGAUUGCGACCUGGUUCUGGACGACAAGGCUCCGACUCUCCCUUGCCAGUCACGGUUAUUCCGGCUAGACGCCGUGGUCAACAGACCUGGUCGCCGCAACAAUAUCACGAGCCUAGUUCACGAACAACAACUUCGAAUCAGCGUGUUCCGCCGGGCCGUGAUGACCUGCCUGUGAGGGUGAUUCAGCCGCAAACGCGAACCGCCGCUCCAUGGAGCGCAGCCGAUGGACAAGGGUUCAGUCAUGGCAAUUAUGAGCUGCGAUAUGACCCUGAAGCUGCAGCGCUUGUGGAACCUGUUGAGCAUGGCUCUGAAUCUCAGCCGGCGCUGGACGCCGAUGGCUCGGUCAGCGAGCCUACUCGGGGGCCGGCUGUGCGCCAACAAUCCGAGCAGGAACUCGACCCGACGGAAGGAGCACCUAUAUCACCAACCCAACCUCUUCCAGAUGAGGCUCCUGAAGAAUCACGAGGGCCACAUGGCCAGCAGUAACGUUCACGCGUAACGUGUGAUUGCCUGCGUCUUCCUGGCUCAAAACACUCCAUUUCGCUUCUGUUUCGCAUUUUCUGCCGCUGAUGUCUGGUUUUUUAGCGGGGAGUAUUGGAGAUCUUGGGUGCUGCCGGAUGGUCUACUACUGGAGUUUUCUUUUCUGACACUGUUUCUUCUGGGUCAAAAACUUGCUUUACUUGCUUUCUUCAAUGUUCGGUUUAAUCAGGGGCUUGGGCUGGGCUGGGCUGGGCACGGGUGUAUGCAUAGGCUGGUCUGGGUUGGUUGGAGCCCUCCAUGUCUCAGGCGACUGCACAAUUGUUGAUGUACAAAGAUACCCUUGGGAUGC